GCUCGCUGUAAAUUACCCCUCCCUCUCCUUCUCUCCCUAAGGCUACCGCUGCAAUGGCAGCGUCGACCUCUAAAACCAAAAUGCCCAUGGCCACGGCGCACCCGCCUCCAGAUGCGAGCACGAGCCCGAGUAAACCUACGAAUACGAAGAUGAAGAGGACCCGGAAGGAGAAGGGGAAGGAUAAAGCACUGGUGGUGGAGGGUGGACGCGUAGGCACGGGAGAGGGAGGUGAGUCGACGCUGAUAGAGGCGGGGACGAGUGCGAGUGCGAAGGAGGGGACACCGUGGCCUUGGGUGUCGAUUACGGACUCGUCUGCGAGUAAACGGCCUGCGAUAUUCACGAAGGACGGACGAUAUUUCUUCUCCGUCGUGGGUAGCUCCGUGAAGAUCUACUCUGUCGCUACUGGCUUGGUCGUCUCCACUCUCUCCGCGUCUCCUUCAGGUUCAGGCAGUGAGGGCAGUGACUCCUCCACCGGACAUUCCGAUCUCAUCACCUCGGCCGUGCUUAAUCCCCAAAAUGCGUUCCAGCUGAUUACCGCCUCGCUCGACGGCUGUAUCAAAGUCUGGGACUUUCUCGAUGCGGUGUUGUUGCAGACUUUUGACCUUGCCCAACCUAUUGUCGAUCUCACCGCGCAUGAGAACUUCAAGGAUACCGUUUUCGUGUCCGUUAAAAGUGGGAGUAAGAAGAUGACUAGUAAAGCCGGAAAACCCACGGAAGACAACGCCGCCGUUCUUCGGGUCUCACUAAAGCCAACGGCAGCCACCGCCCAAUCUCCCAUCCAAAAAUCUCAAGAAAUCAUCGCGGUGGGUAGAACCCGCCUGACGCACGGCCUGUCAGUCUCCCCAAGCGGCUCCUGGCUCGUCGCCAUCGGCGGGCACAAAGCAUACGUCGCUCCAACGUCAAACCUCAAAGCAGGCUUCACGAAGUUCGUCUCCCCCGAAGCGCUCACCUGUCUCUCCUUCCACCCCUCGGAAGAGUACUUCGCCACGGGCGACGACAAGGGUAAUAUCCGACUGUGGUACUGUUUGAACGAUACCGCGACCGCGUACGUUCCUGCGGUCGAGAAGCGCGCACCCACGACGACGCUGCAUUGGCAUGCCCAUGCGGUCUCCGCGUUGGCGUUCACGCCGAACGGGGCGUAUUUGCUUAGUGGAGGCGAGGAGGCGGUUUUGGUCAUCUGGCAGUUGCAUACGGGGAAGAAGGAGUUCGUGCCGCGUGUGGGUGCGCCUAUAGCCAGUAUUGCGGUCUCGAGGGCGGUGGCGGCGGAGGAAGAAUAUUUGUUGGGUUUGGCGGAUGCGACGUUUGCGUUUGUGAAUGCUGGGAGGCUGAAGAUCUCGAGGACGGUCGCUCGUAUUAAACUCGACCCGGCUGUAUCUCACGAACGGACAUCUGCAUCCGGUUCUGUCCCUCUGGCUGUCCAUCCACAAUCAUCGACCUUGAUCCUGCCUUCCUCGCACCCUUCUUCUCUCCAAACCUACUCACCCUCCUCAUCAAAACUCCUCUCCGAGCUCGAAGUCUCGCCUUCGAACCGCGUCUCACGAAGAGACGAAAAAAUGCUGGAACCCUCCCGCGUCGAACGCGCCGUCAUCUCGUCUUCGGGCGAAUGGAUGGCCACCGUGGAUUCGAGAGAAGGAGACGAGUCUUUCCGCGGGGAAGUUUACCUGAAGAUCUGGUGGUGGGAUAGAGCGACUGGGUUCUGGAUAUUGAACACGAGGAUCGAUCGUCCGCAUGGGUUGAAGGGGAUCACGGCGGUCGCGUUUAGUCCGCGUGUGAAGGACCGUGGAGGGAUGAUAUUGGUGACGACGGGGAUGGAUGGGAAUAUUAAGAGUUGGAGGAUUAGCUCUGUAAGGGACAAGGAAGGAAACGAAGAUGUAUUUUGGGUUGCUCGUUCGAGCUUCACGUUCAGGCAAGAAAUCCCUAGACACGCGUCUUGGUCGGCCGAUGGAUCUCUAUUGGCCGUUUCGCUCGGGCCUUAUGUCGCUCUCUACGAUCCUGUGACGAACGCGAUGCUUCAAGCCCUGACCACGCCCGAGUGUCAGUCUAUAACCUCGGCUUACUUCGUCGGUUAUGAUGGUCGGUAUCUUGCUGCUGUGGGCCAGUUCGACGUGGUGCUAUGGGAUCUCGUUACCCAGACAGUCCAAUGGCACUAUGCUAGCUCGUCAUCUAACGAGGCCAUCAUUCCUCAUCCCAAAACGGAGACUUUCGCGCUGCUCGAGCGAAUCCCUACAGUCUCCACCGAAGCCACCCAGACCACCCGCGUCCUCAUCUUCCGACCCAAUUCACCACUUCCCUCCCGCACCCACACAGUUCCCUUCCGACUCCACAGCGUCUCGUGGUAUCCCGUCUCGACCUCCAAAACGACCUCCAAAGAUCCGUCCUCAUUCAGCCUCGUCGGUAUCACCCAAACAUGGAGCGUCGUCCUCUUCGGAUCUGUCGUACAGGUUCCAUCGGAGGAAGGGUCGUCUGCGAAGGAGAUCGUCGGAGGUGCUGCUGCUGGUUCGCAGAGGAGAACGCUCUUCCAGGACGUGUUUGGGAAGUCUGCGUUUGCGGAUGUGUCCCAGCAGCCGAUCGCUCUGGCUUCUGCGACUUCUCAGCAGCCGUGGAAUGGGAAGAGUGUGGAGGAUAUCUUCGAUGCUCCGGCUUACCUUAUGCCGCCUAUAGAGUCGUUGUUCGACGAUCUCAUGAGCGAUUUCGUGAAGCCUCGUCCGGUUGAAACGGAGGCUGCCUACGAUGGUGAGGAGGGUAAAGAGGAAGAGGAGGAGGACGCGGGGAUGGAUGUGGAUGUGGAGAGUGAGAAGCCUGUUGUGGUUGCUGAACGGACAGAAAGGGUCGUGGAUAUGCGUGAGAUGAAUGGUUUCAUCGAGUUGUUUAGGCAGCAUGCUAUCAAAGCCUCAGGUCCUCCACCCACUUCGAUUCCUCGUCCACAAACAAACGGAACCAGCAACGGCGCACACAAACCUCCAAACGGAGCCGCCUCCACUACCACUAAAAGCAACGGACAUGCUAACUCACGUAGCGACGCACCGUCGGCCUACCCUUCGCCGGCGAGCAGCCCCUCGCAGACAGGGACGCCGAUACCGACGGAGACGUCGCCCGCCGUGCUCGGGAAGAAGCGUAAAAAGUCGUUAGGGUCAUGACACCGCAGUGUAGAGUAAAAAUAUAUCUCAGCAUCGUCCAUGUCCAAUGUCUAUGUCCAUGCAGUUCAUGUCGUGCAAUCAUCUGAUCGUUUGUUACUUAUUUUCU